UGUGUCAAUGUGUCAUGUCUACCUUUUUUUUCUUAAAUACAUUCAUGAAAAGUAAAGUUAAUAAGGCGUAGGAAUUGGCUUCAUUGAGUUCUUCACACACGUGGGGGUUCAUUGCAUGGGAGAAAAAUAGGGUCGAUUGACACGGAGGAAGAGGAGGGUCUCUUGACAUUUUGAAGAAAAAAAGUUUUUUGAUUCAGAACGACUUUUGGUGCCAGCUCUUAUUAGCUUUGUUCAACCAUUCUUUUAUCAGGUGAAGGUCAUUUUCAGAGUUGUGAAGAGAUCUCAACAUGGGCCUUUUGGAGCUCUUCAUCACUGCAUCAAUUCCGGUGUUGAAAACGCUGUUGUUAACCGCACUAGGGUCUUAUCUUGCCCUAGAAAGCGUUGAUAUCUUGGGGGAAGAUGCUAGGAAGCAUUUAAAUACUGUAGUAUUUUAUGUAUUCAAUCCAGCCCUUGUGUCCACCAACCUUGCUAAAACAAUAACAAGCGAGAGCAUGCUUAAGUUGUGGUUCAUGCCAAUCAAUAUCCUCAUCACAUUUAUUAUUGGCUCAGUUCUUGGAUGGAUUCUUGUCAUAAUUACAAGAACCCCUCCACACCUGAGAGGUCUUGUAGUGGGUUGUUGUGCUGCAGGAAAUUUGGGGAACAUUCUUCUCAUUAUGAUCCCAGCUAUUUGCAAAGAAAAAGGAGGGCCAUUUGGAGCUCCUGAUGUCUGUCAUACGUAUGGAAUGGCUUAUGUUUCACUUUCAAUGGCAAUAGGAGCCAUUUAUUUGUGGUCUUACGUGUAUAACAUUGUUCGGCUAUCUUCAAGGAGAAUCACCAUAGAAUCCAGAGGAAAGGACAUCUCUAGAGAAUCCUCCACCUCAGACCUGGGGAGUUGCACGGAGCCACUACUUUCUUCCACCAAGGAAUACUCGAUAUGUGAGGUCCCCAAGGAGUACUCGAUAACUGAGGACCAUGAAGAGCAACAUUCACUGCCCUGCGCUAGAACUGUAACGAAAUCUGAGGUUGCAAUUGCAGAUAAAAUAAAGCAAAAGUUAACAAAGCUGUUUAAAAAGAUUAAUCUGAAGGCAAUAUUUGCACCUUCAACAACUGGAGCGAUUGUUGGGUUCACAAUUGGACUCAUCCCUGAGAUCCGAAAGUUAUUCAUUGGUGAAGUUGCCCCUCUUCGUGUGAUCCAAGACUCUGCUUCCUUGUUGAGUGAUGGAGCCAUCCCAGCUCUCACUCUAAUAGUAGGUGGAAAUCUUCUCAGAGGUUUGCAUGGGUCAGGAAUUAGUAAAUCCCUCAUCUUUGGCAUUGUAGUUGUUCGUUAUAUAGCUCUGCCUCUGACAGGGAUUCUCAUCAUUAGAGGUGCACAUCGAAUUGGUUUGGUGCAUUCUGAUCCAUUGUAUCAGUUUAUUCUUCUGCUCCAAUAUGCAGUCCCUCCUGCUAUGAACAUAGGAGUUAUCACUCAAUUGUUUGGAACCGGAGAGAGUGAAUGUUCUGUAAUCCUGCUGUGGACUUAUUCCUUGGCUUCAGUGUCACUUACUGUUUGGUCAACCUUCUUCAUGUGGCUUGUGUCUUGAAGUCUCACAGCUUUCAUUAAAAUGACUUCCACAUCCAGGAAUUGCAGAUUUGCAGCAGAUUUUUAAUUCAGAGAGACAGCUGCGUGUUCAAAGCAGAUUUGAUUGACACCCCUUGUAGUUCCACAAAAUUUUGAAAGUAUUGUCUCAUACAGUAUUUGAUAUUCACAUUCAAUUAAUGUAUUUUGAGUAUAGAAGAAAAAAAAGUCAAGAGAAAGUUAAGUAUAGCCCGCUGUUUCCUUAAUGGUUUCAUGCUUAAGAAAGUUAACAGUUAUUAGCAUUAAAAAAGAAAAGCAAACUUGUGUACCACUGUGUGAUUUAGGUGAUUUAAUAUCUGCUCAGUAGGUGAUUUCAACUUAAUAUUUUUAAUCUUUUAGUCA